AUGACGGUGGAGGAAGCUAUCUUUAGAUCGGCAGACAUGACGUAUGUGCAGCUGUACAUCCCUCUGGAGCUGUCACGAGAAGUCGUCUGCUUGCUGGGGAACCUGGGAAACGUGAUGUUCCGCGAUUUGAACGCAGAUUUGAGUGCAUUUCAACGCGGGUAUGUGAGCCAGCUCCGCAAAUUCGACGACAUGGAACGAUUGAGCGCAAAUAUGGAACGCAUUGCACAGAAAUACAGCCGCGAAACAUGGAAAUACACGGUCCACAGCGAUGUGGACAACUCAACGCAGCAUCCAAGCCUCAGCAUGUUGUUGGCGACCAUGCAGACCCAUUCUGUUGACACCGUCAGCGAUAUCACAUCGGAAAUUGUGGAAUUCGAGGCUAGGGUGCGACAACUGGAUGAUUCGCUCAAAAAUUUGCAUUCCAGGCUAAAUCAGCUCAUCGAACAUCGUCAGACCGCAUAUGAAAGUCAUCGGUAUUUCGAGGUCAAUCCCGGGCUGGCAGGACGAGUGGCUGCUGACACACGCGGCUCAAGGCUCAGUGGUGACGAUUUUCUUUUUGACGACGAUGUAAUCAGCGAAACGCUCAGCGAUGCUUUUUCCUUCGAUGACGCCGGAGCCAACAACGAAAACAAUAAUCCUGCCAACGCAAGAAGGCCAGAAUUGACAUCUGCGGACCUCGAAGAAGGAUUUCGGCAUCAGACCACAAUUGUGGGGUCCAUCGAAAGAACUAAAGUCGAAAUCUUGAAUAGAAUUUUAUUCAGAAUACUUCGGGGUAACCUUUUUUUCCACAACAUCCCCAUACGAGAGCCACUUCUCGUUGGAGAGGAACCGGUGGACAAGGAUUGUUUCAUUGUGUUUACACAUGGAGAAGUUCUUCUGAAGAAAGUGCGCAAGGUUGUCGAAUCCCUUAAUGGUAAAAUCUUCCCUUCAAGCGAGGGCAGCAGCACCAUUCAAAGCCUCAAUGCUCAAAUUACUGAUCUGCAACAAAUUUGCCAGACAACAGAACAAACUCUGUACACAGAACUUCUCAUUGUCACCGAUCAGUUGCCCAUGUGGAAGGCUGUGGUACGAAGGGAAAAGCUCAUAUAUGCUACGUUGAACCUUUUCCGCGAAGAAUCUCAGGGUUUAGUUGCGGAAGGCUGGAUUCCAUCUACUGAGCUGGUGGCUGUAUCCACUUCACUGAAAGAUCACAGUGAAAGCAUUGGGUCGGAAAACACCGCAGUAGUCAGUGUCAUCAUAACUAACAGAAAGCCUCCAACAUACCACAGGACAAACAAAUUCACACAAUCUUUCCAGGCUAUCGUAGACGCUUACGGUGUUGCCACAUAUAAGGAAGUCAACCCCGGCCUUGCGACCAUUGUUACUUUCCCUUUCAUGUUUGCGAUCAUGUUUGGUGACACAGGACAUGGUACUCUUUUAUUCAUGAUUGGACUCUAUUUGGUUUUGAACGAGCGAGACUUUUCCAGAACCAAAAAUGGCGAGAUAUUCGACAUGGCCUUCAGUGGUCGUUAUGUCAUACUUUUGAUGGGCUUGUUUUCCAUUUACACUGGACUCCUUUACAAUGAUAUUUUUUCCCUGUCCAUGACGUUUUUUAAAUCGGGAUGGAAAUGGCCUUCGGAUUUCAAAAUCGGAGAUGCAAUUGAAGCAACGAAGACUGGGACCUAUCCCUUUGGAAUUGACUUUGCAUGGCAUGGAACGGAAAACAAUCUGAUUUUUACUAAUUCCUACAAGAUGAAACUCUCUGUCUUAAUGGGUUUUAUUCAUAUGACCUAUUCUUUACUCUUUUCUCUGGUCAACUACAGAUUCUUUCAUUCCAAAGUUGACAUCAUUGGCAAUUUUAUUCCUGGUUUCAUCUUCAUGCAAUCAAUCUUUGGCUAUCUUACCUGGGCGAUCAUCUACAAAUGGUCAAAGGAUUGGGUGAAGGAUGAGAAAGUUGCACCAGGUUUACUCAAUAUGCUCAUUAACAUGUUUUUAGCCCCAGGUGUUGUUGAUGAGCCUCUCUUUCGCGGCCAAGGAUUUGUUCAGGUCGUAUUUCUGUUAGCGGCACUUGUUUGUGUACCCUGGCUGCUUCUUUACAAGCCUUUGGCCUUGAGGGCCCAAAAUAAAAGGGCUCUUUCGCAAGGCUAUCAAAGUGUCGACGAACAGGCGGUUACUGAGAGCAUCCUUGAACAUCAAGAAAAUGCCGGCGACGGCGUAGUCGUUACAGACUACCACGGCGAACACUCGAGUGGAUUUGAUUUUGGAGAUGUCGUCAUUCACCAGGUGAUCCAUACCAUCGAGUUCUGCCUUAACUCCAUAUCGCAUACUGCCUCAUAUUUAAGACUCUGGGCGCUAUCUCUAGCACACGCUCAAUUGUCUAGUGUACUCUGGUCAAUGACAAUUGCCAACGCUUUCAGCUCCGACAAGCCGGGCUCACCCCUUGCUGUCGCCAAGGUCGUACUUCUGUUCGGCAUGUGGUUUGUGCUGACUGUAUGCAUCCUGGUAAUGAUGGAAGGGACAUCUGCUAUGUUACAUUCCUUACGUUUACACUGGGUUGAAGCGAUGUCCAAGUUUUUUGAAGGGGAGGGAUAUCCUUAUGAGCCGUUUACAUUUAAACAUCUUGACCAGCUCGAAACAUAA